AUUGAAAUAGCACUUGUUUUUAUCUCUCGUUCAGUAAAUGUUAAACAGAUUUUUCAGUCUGGUUAGUGAAUAAAGUUAGUGGAUAAAUAAAAUGCUUUUCCUUUGGUAACGAAAUUGUAAUAUCUGUGUAAUGCAUUACUUGCAACCAUAUUUUAAAUUUGGACUCGAGGAAGAAUUUUUUUUUAUAUCUAGAUUUUUUAUUUUUAUAAACCUGUGCCACUCAACAAUAUAAACACAUUGCUGCAAAGGUGUUCUGUAGUUACAACUCACCUUAAAUGGUCUGUUUUUAUGUUUUUAAUUUAUUUUCUCCUUGUAUCCAUUGGGUUUGGAAACUGGUGUUUUAUCUGUAGGUUUUAAAAUCUGUCUCUAAAUGGCUCCUGUAAUUUAACCAUAAUCCAAAGAGUUUAACUGAUCUGAUGGUCGUUAUCGCAAAACUAACCCCAGACUUGUUUUACCCCUAAUGGGUGUUAUUUUGCAAUAAUGAGUGCAUUAUUCCCAUUAUUACACCAUAAAUAAAUACAUGGAAAUGAAAUACUGAUUUAUGUUUUAAUAAGGUUACCAUUUAGCCUUACUAUUCAGCCUUUUUGUAGAAAGACAAAAAGAGAACAAAAGCACAGCUAUGUAAGCAAUUAAUUUUGAUUAGCAGUAUAAUAUGCAGCGUUGCCAUGGCCCACGGUACCGCUGAAUACUUUAUGUCGCACAAAUUGCUAGGAUAAACUCAGAUUAAGAAAGAGGAAAUGCACUUUGUCACUUAGUUUUAAAUAUUUAAGUAAAACUAUUAGAGAAAAACAGCAAAAGGUUAAGAGUUCAGUCCGGCUGAAUAAACGCCAUCUCUAUUCCCCUCCUUUAACUUCGGCUUUGAGUGAAACUAACCAAUCCGAGCUCACGGACCGCUUGCUUGACAGGCGCUAUGUGCGUGCGCGUACUCGUGCAGUGCACUGAUUCAAGGCAGAGGUGUCCUGCAUACCAUGAGUGUGCGCUGUGGUGCAUUUGUCAGUCAGCCUGGGAAAUGUAUAGCAACUGGUGUCCGUAAAGCAGUUCUCUUUUACAAAACCCUGUCUGUACGCACGCACAUAAUGCUGGAGUUGUUCUGGCGCGAGCUCGUUAAGCGUCAGUUUAAUGUUUCCUCUGGCGGUUCAGCACUCGCGCGGACUCGCUCCCUGUUGUUAAAACACGGAUUUGACGCGCUUAGAAUAUAACAACACGUUAAAAAACACGCCUUCAGUCGUUUCCCGCUCAAAGUGCAAUACAUGUCGCUGUUUGCAGCGGAAUAAAAGCUUUGUAGUCUAAUUAAGUCGGGUUUGUUAUGUAGGUCAGGCCAAGCUUAAGCAGCUUUACUGAACCUGCGUCAGCUUAAGCUAAAAGGAAUUCCAGCAAAGCCCUCCCCGGGUAGGCGUGGGCCUAAUCGAGGCUGGCCUAGUUAAGCCUGAUUCUUUUUCUUACGUCUGUGCUUGAGAGCCAGUUUGUGCAUGUGUGUGUUGCUUAACCGAGACGAGCAGUGCAGCAGCCUGCUCACACAAGUGAGUAGAGAAAGACAGACACACAGCACAGGGAACAGAGGAGAAGGAGAUCAAACCUAGAGCACUGAGACCAGCCUAAAGGCAGGAUGGCUACCUUGUUCAUGUCAAACAGCAUGGUCGGCAAGGCCCGCUCCUCCAACUUCACCUUAUCUGAGAAGCUGGAUCUUCUGCGGCUGGUCCAGCCUCACAUACGCAUUCUGGAGGAGCACACCAACAAGCACGCCGUGAUCGUGGAUAAGAACCGGUGCUGGGACAGCAUAGCAGAAAGCUAUAAUAGUUUUGGAGGCGAGAGGCCCCCCAGAACGGCUCAGGGCCUCCGGACCCUCUAUAAGCGACUUAAAGAAAGUGCCAAGCAGGAAGUUCUGCAGCGAAGCCACGCCCAACCCGAGUACCGGAGCAGCAUCUCAGAGCCAACCAAGCGCAUCAUGGAAAUGAUACCACAACUGUUUCACGUGGGGGACAAAGAGCCGAGCGCGCUCCACAGGCUUCAGUUCAAGAGGAAUUCUCCUGUAGAGCAGCCAGGCAGCAGUUUGUCCGUCCCAGCGUUGUCGGACUAUCUGACUGUUGCGGCUGUGAGGGUGGAGACUGAGGAUGUGAAACCGCCUCCGGAUAUUCACCUGAUCGCAUCCCACAGUUCACCGGUCACCAUCGCCACCCCGAGCAGUCAGGCCCACCACGGACAGAACGAGAGGGACAAUGAAGUAGUGGAAGAGGAGGAAGAUGAGGAGGAGGAAUUAGCCUCCCAUGUGUAUGCUGCUUCUGUGUCUCCAUGCCCCUCUUCUGUACAACUGCCUCCCUCCCCGUCAGCACCCGGCCCCAGGAGGAGCGCGUAUCAGAGGGGGAGGGAAAUGUUCAAGAAUCCCGUUUUUGAGGCAGAAGCUCUGCAGAUGAUGCGAGAGGAGCAUGAGCUGCUUCUGGCCAAUCACAGAAAGCUUGGAUUAUAUCUAGAGGAGAAGAGGGAGGGGCUUAAGAGAAAGCAACAGUUGGAGGAGGAGCUACUCCGGUCAAGGGUCAAAGUAGAGAAAUUGAGGGCGGCCAGGCUACGACAAGGAUUGCCAUUAAUGUGACACGUUUGGUGUCACGUCUGAAAGUCUAUCACAAGGGAACACUGUUAUGUGAAGUAAAAAUGAACAGACUUGUUUGUACGUUUAUUUCUUAUUUUUGUAUUCGAUCAACAUUAGUAAUCAAAAGGAUUGUUCCUGAUGUUUGUAGCAGGAAUGAUCGUUUUUAAUAUGCCUGGUUAAAGAAGAAAAUAAGAUUUUAUCUUGUAUGUAUUUGCUAAUAAAUUCAUAAUUGCUUUAAUCUCAGUGUUUUGAGCCUGUCCUUUUAUUCUUUUUUGUCACACAGUGAGUGUUACGUAGCAACAGAACGAAUGUGAACUUUCUCAGUCAAGCUGUUUUUGUGGACUUCAUUUGGGUGUUUAUUUACAGUAUUAUGCAUUUAUUUCAAGUCAGAAUAAGAUUGAAAUUGCUUGUUUUUCUCCCUUAUUGUGACAUGUCAAAAUAAAACUGCUUCUCAGAUGAGCCAAAAUAUAUGGC